AAUACUUGACUGGAAGUGUAAGUGGCCGACCUCGCGCCAGAAGUCAAAUCCUCUGCUCUUUAAGGUUACAGUAUCCCAUAUCGGUUGUCAAAUGCACACUUACAGCUUUUGUCGGGCCUUGCAUGCCGAGUGACGGGCGUUGGCGCCCCGAGGCACGCAGCUUCCUGGCCGCGGCUAACUGGUGCUCGCACAGCUGCUAAACGGCAAAGAAGUGUACAUUAACACCCAUUAACCUGCCAAGGCAAACUGUGAGAUAGUCGACCUGGCGUUUCUGGUUUCUGGGCAUCAGCACUCGCGAAGGCUCGCCAAGUAACGGGGGCCAGCUUGCGAGGCCAGCUUGCGAGGCAGAGUUACAAGCGACGGCCUGGGUUAAGGAUCUGCAACUCAGUGGACUUGAGCUGCUGCAGUUGUCACCCGUUGGCAGCGAGAAUGGAGAUGGAGGCAGGCGAAGUCGACUCCGGCCUUGAGCUGGAGAUACAGAUGCUUCGCGACCAGCUGAAGGAAAUGACGUCGCUUUUUUACCGCGACCGUCAGCUCUGGGUGAAGGAAAAGGCCGCGCUGCUGCAACAAGCGGCGGCAGCGGACCAGCACCGGCGGACGCAGUCUGUCUGCAGCGAGGGCGGGGCCCCCGGCGGCACCUGCAGCGGCAGCAACAGCGACGCAGCCUCCGCCGCCAGCACCGACCUCGGUGAUAUGGUGGGCGGUGGCGGCAGUAGCAUCAGUGGCAGCCACAUGCGUAUGGCCAGCGGCGGCAGCUUCAGCAGCUCCGUGACCAUGAGCCGGGGCGGCAGCGGCGGCAGCGGCGCAGUGCCGGCCUCCUCGCCCGUGUCCGCGGACAUGGCGGCUUCGGCUGCGGCCCUGGCCGAGAUGCAGAAGCAGCUGGAGGAUGCCAAGCGACAGCAGGAGGCGGCGCGGAAGGAGCAGGAGGCGGCGGCCACACGCUGGUCCCGUGAGCGCGAGGGGCUGCAGCGGCAGAUCCACGCACUCAUCAGCAUGAACGCGCCUGAGAUGGCGGAGGGACAGCCGGGAGCUCUAGCCGCCGCCGCGCGCCGGUCGGCCGCCGGCGGCCCCGAGGCGGCUGCUGGCACGGCUGAGGCGGCUGCGGCGGCGGCUGACGCCGAGGCGGCGGCGCUGCAGGGGCAGCUGUGUGAGCUGCAGGAGCUCGUGGAGGAGCUGCAGGCGGACCGGGCGGCGCUUGAGGAGCAGCUGCGAGUGGCGACGGCGGAGGCGGCUCGCGCAGCCCGCCAGGCCACCACCGCCUCCACCGCAGGCGCAGCCGCCAGCGCCGGAGGUGCUACCACCACCACCUCCCAGCCUCCAGCCUCGCCGGCGACACCGCCACCCGCCUCCUCCAGCCCGCUCCACGACUCUUCCGCCGCCUCUUCCGCCGUCACGCCUUCGAGCGAGCCAGCGGUGGCCUUCUCCACAAGCGCAGCGCCGCCCGCCGUCGCAGGCAACUGGGCGCUGACGCUGACGCAGAGCGUGAGCCUGCCGGCGCUGUUGUCGGAGAAGGCGGAGCUGGAGCGGGAGGUGCGGCGCUGGCGGGAGGAGUGUGUGGCGGUGCCGCGGGCCGAGUACUCGGAGCUCAGUUCGCUGAGGGCCCAGGCGGCCUUCCUCCAGACGGAGAUGGAAGCGCUGCGCGAGGAGGCGGCGGAGGCGGCGCGCGCGCGGCAGGCGGCGGAGGCGGAGCUGGGCGAGGUGCUGGCGGGCGUGGGCGGCGGCGCGGCUGCGGCGGGGCUGAUGGGGCCCGAGUAUGUGCCCGUGCCGCGGGAGGAGUACCAGCGGCUCCUGAAGCAGGCGGCGGAGGCGCGCGCGCGGGAGGCCACCGCGGUGCUGCAAGGUGGCGGCGUGGGCGGCGUCAGCAUGGGCGCGGCCCAGGGAUCCAGCGUCAGUGGCGAGGCGCGCGGCGGGGCGGCCGGGGCGACGGAAGGAACCGGGGAGGGUGUGGAGGGGCACGGGCGGGAGGAGGAGCAGCUGGUGGCGGUGCCGUGCGAUGUGCACCGGCGUCUGUUGGCGGCGGUGCAGGAGCGGGAUGUGCUGGCGGCGCAGGUGGCGCAGCUGCAUGCGGCGCAGCUACACCGCACCAGCUCCACAGCCGCCGCCGCCACAGAGUCUGCGUUCGCUGGCGCCGUGGCGGCCGCCGCUGCGGCUGCCGCCGCCGGCGCCGCCGCAGCGGGCGGCUUGCGCCGCGGCAGCAGCAGCGGUGGCGGCGGCGGCGAGGGACAGGAUGAGACGGCUUCUGCGCUGGCGGCGGCGGCGGUGUCGGCCGGGUACGAGGCGGCGGCGGAGGUGAUUGUGCUGCGGGAGCAGCUGGCGUCGGUGGUGGCGGCGUCGGUGGCGGAGAGCGGGCGGCUGGGCGCGAGGCUGCGGGAGCUGGAGGACGAGCUCGACCUGCUGCGGACCGAGAAAGCGGCGGCCCAGGCUGAGGCGGGCGCCUACCGCAGUGCGCUGGCGUCCGGGCGCAUGCAGGCCAGCGACGAGGCGCGGCAGGUGGCGGCGGCGGCCGACACGGCGCGCGCCGCCGCCACGUCAGAGCUGGCGGCGGCGCAGAAGCGGCUGCGGCAACUGGAGUCUGACCUGGCGACGGCGAAGGAGACUGCGGCAGCAGCGGUAGCAGCCAAGGAGGUGCUGCUUCUGGAGCUGGGCACGGUGCGUGACGCCGCGGUGCGCACCAGCGGCGCCCUGGCGGACUGUGAGGCGCGGCGCGAGGCGGCGGAGGCCGCCGCCACCUCAGCCCUCACCGACCUCGCCACCGCGCGUCUGGAGCUGGCGCGAGCGGAGGCCGAGGCCGAGGCCGCCGCCGCCGAGGCCGCCUCCUCAACGGCGGAGUUGGUGCAAGUGAAGCUGGAGCUUGCCGAGGCUCGCGAGCUGGAGGUGUUGUUUAGGAGGGAUGUGUUCAAGAGCAAGCGGAUGUUGCACGGCCUGCCGCAGGAGUGGCUGUCGCCGACCGACUCGCCGUCAGCCGCCGCCGGCGCGUCGGGCAGCGGCGCCGCCACCGGCGGGCGCAGCACGGGAGGUGGAGGAGGUGGCAGCAGCAGCGGGGGCGCCAUAUUUAGCAUGAACAGGCGUGCGACCGCGGACGCUGCAGUGGGCGCGCGUGCUGGCGCUGGAGGUGGCGCGCAGGAGGGCGUGUGUGCGGCGACGGCGGCGGCAUCGGCGGCUGUGGCGCCGCUGGCUGCGCCGGUGAUGCUAUCGGAGGCGGUGACGGAGGAGGUGGCGGCGGAGCUGGAGGGCGUGGAGGAGGAGGGCGGGCAGGCGCGUGGGGCUGACGACCAGGGCCAGCAGGUGCAGGGUGCUUUGUAGGAGCCGGCGGCUGCAUGGCAAGUCAAGACUUCUCCAGUGCAUCAUGCAUGUUGUAUUAUUGUGCGGUUUAGGAAAACGCGAUUGUGUGUUGUGUGUGCGCGUGCAACCAAGUUGUACGUUCGUAAGGUUGCUUGCGAGGUGGUGAACAGGACAUGGCAGCGGGUACUCCGACAGCCCCCAGGUGUGCGCGAAAUUGCUGACUUGGUUCUUUGACAAUCGUGCAAAGUAGGGGAGCGAAAGGAGCCAGCAGUUGUUGCGAUCAAGAAGAUGGGCUGCGUUUGAAUUGCAGCGAUGACGCAGGAUGCGAAGACGUUGGACUUGGGUGCCGCAAUUCAUUCCGUUGGCGGGAUGGGUUGGGGUCAGAGCUGUAAGCAGCAUGUGCAGUAGACCUGGAGGAAUGAGCAGCAGCCCAACAGGCUGCAGGACGGCAUCUACGUCAAAUAAACCUGAAGGCUGUGGUUGAUUCUUGUUGAUAAGAAUGGUAUGCCAGCUGUCGCAUGCAGGGGCUCGUACGGGACACGUAAUGGGUUCAUACGGCAUUGGCCGCGGCUGGGACGUGCAAGGACGUGUGCCGGCUGCAAGGGUUGUCUGGUUGAUUGAUUUGCGCCAUGUGAUGUAACGGAAGGCCAGGCAGUAGGUGAUCCAACGCAGUGACCUUGAAGCAGAAGGGGCAUAUGACAAGCGUGCUAGACGUGACGGUAUGGCUUCACUGGUGCCCGCAAAGUGCUAGACUGACUAUGACUUCAUUGGUGCCUGAGAAGUGCGGAAGGCGUGCACGGGGCUAAUAAGCAGGAGCACGUCUGCGGAAGAUGGCAUAGCUCUGGAGGCCGUACGUAUGGAUGUGCUGUAAGCAAUUCGAGACCGCGAGUACGAACAACUACGUAUGUGGCCCCAACUGUGGGGCGAAGACCAGGGACGUAGCGUGGUCGUGGCAGGUCCAUCAUAUUCUCCUCCUUCGUUCGCGCACGUUCGCGCUGGAGGUUGUCAUGGAAUAUUGUCUUAAA